AUGGCUGGUCAGUGUCUCUUAGGAUUUUUCGGCCAUCAGUUUUUAUUGAUUUUAGAUAUCGCACAAAGCAUUUAUUGCGGUGCUGAAGAAUGGUGUGAUGAGGUACGUGAGGGACGCGCGCUUUGUUGUUCUCUUUCGCGGCCACGCAUCCAAGCAGUCAUCCCGCAAGAAAAUUUGUUAAGAAAACUUAGUGCGCUGGGGAAUGAGACAGCAGAAAUGUAUCAUGAAAGUAUCCGAAAUCCUGCAGAAAUUGACAGUCGGCAAGAUUCGCAAGGAUCGUCGCAUAGCUCUUCAGUGAACGAUGAUGAUGGUGAUGAUGAUGAAAACACGGGUGCUGUGCGAGAGGAGCUGGUAAACCAUUUGGACGCUGAUGCUGCAGUAGCAGAAGACGUCACUGAAAAUGCUCGAAAACGGGCACCGAGCAGUUCAGAUGAAACGCCUACAAAGCGUGCACGAAAUGAUCCUGAACACGAUGAGCCGGAGUUUGUCACUGUUGCUGAAAGUUCAGAUUCUGCUGAAGAAACAACGGAUAAGGAGAAGAUUUCCGAAAAAAGUGGUUGUGCAACGAGAUUGCAACAGUUGGAAGAUUCUGAUUCAGAUGAUUCUGUGGUGAUUUUAGAUAGUGGUGGCGACCAGCUAACUGUCAAGCAAUUCUUUUUUCGCCGAUAUGAGUGUUUUGGUGUGAUUGUAUGUCUUUUUCCAACGGCAUAUUUUUCGGUUUUUCUGGAUGCGCACACGAUGCGUGCUUUUCAGUAUUGUAGUCUUGGUGAAUCACAGCCAUUCACAGAAUUACUAGUUUUCUGUGGCCUGGAGAUGAGAAUUUUGCUAACCGGAGCGGCAGGUUUCAUUGGCAGUCAUGUUGUCCUGGAAUUACUGGAAUCUGGCUAUGACGUAGUGUGCGUUGAUAAUUUCUCGAAUGCUGUGCAAGGUAUGUUUUUUCAUCUCAUCUGCAAGAUGUUCUUUUUUAUCAGCUGUUUUCCAGUGAAUUGA